AUGCUCAGGACCUUGAGGCUGGCCCUGCUGGCUCUGGUCAGUGCUGUGGGCCCAAGCCAGGCCAGCGGCUUCACAGAAAAAGGCCUCUCCCUGUUGGGCUACCAGCUGUGCAGCCACCGUGUGACCCACACUGUACAGAAGGUGGAGGCCGUGCAGACGUCCUACACGACCUAUGUGUUCUGCGGUGGCUGGAUCCCCUGGAGGCGGUGCCCUAAGACGGUUUACCGGACCCAGUACCUGGUAGUGGAGGUCCCUGAGUCCAGGAACGUGACCGACUGCUGUGAGGGCUAUGAACAGCUCGGCCUCUACUGUGUCUUGCCCCUGAAUCAGUCCGGGGAGUUCACAUCAAGACCCGGGGUCUGCCCCGCAGAGGGGCCUGAACCACCCACCUCCCCCUGCAGCUUGGACACCGACUGUCCUGGACUGGAGAAGUGCUGCCCCUGGUCAGGGGGGCGCUGCUGCAUGGCCCCUGCACCCCAAGCUCCAGAGAGGGACCCCGUAGGCUCCUGGUACAACGUCACCAUACUGGUGAAAAUGGACUUCAAGGAACUCCAGCAAGUGGACCCCAGGCUCCUGAACCACAUGCGCCUUCUGCAUUCCUUGGUCACCAGCGCCCUGCAACCAAUGGCCUGCACCGUCCACCACCUGCACUCAGCCCCUGGGGACGCCUCCACCACAGUGUCGCGGCUGCUACUGGGCCUGCUGCGGCCACUGCCUGUGGCCGACGUCUCCGCCCUGCUGGGCGACAUUGCGAAGCGUGUCUACGAAGUGAUCAGCGUCCAGGUGCAAGAUGUCAAUGAGUGUUUCUACGAGGAGCUCAACGCCUGUUCUGGAAGGCAACUGUGCACAAACCUGGAGGGCUCGUACCGGUGCGUCUGUCACCAGGAAGCUCCAGCCACGUCUCCACGGAAGCUGAACCUGGAGUGGGAAGAUUGUCCUCCACUCAGUGACUACGUGGUCCUCAACGUCACCAGUGACAGUUUUCAAGUAUCCUGGCGUUUAAAUUCUACACAGAACCACACUUUCCAUGUCCGGGUUUACCGGGGUAUGGAGUUGCUCAGGAGCACCAGGACACAGAGCCAGGCACUGGCGAUGGCUGGGCUGGAGGCUGGAGUGCUGCACAGGGUGAAGACCAGCUACCGGGGGUGCGGGACCGACGUCUCUACCACGCUGACCAUCAAAACCGAUGCCCAGGUAUUUGAAGUCACAAUAAAGAUUGUAAACCACAACCUGACAGAGAAGUUACUCAACCGCAGCAGCGUGGAGUACCAGGACUUUUCUAGACAACUGCUUCACGAGGUCGAGAGCUCCUUCCCACCGGGGGUGUCUGACUUGUACCAAAAUGGGAAACUGAGAAUGCAGAUCGUGUCUCUCCAGGCGGGAAGUGUGGUCGUGAGGCUCAAGCUCACCGUGCAGGACCCCGGGUUUCCCGUGGCCAUCUCCACGCUGGCCCCCAUGCUCCAGCCCCUGUUGGCAAGCACAGUGUUCCAGAUUGACCGGCAGGGGACACGUGUGCAAGACUGGGACGAGUGUGUGGACAGCGCGGAACACGACUGCUCACCGGCUGCCUGGUGCAUCAACCUGGAGGGCUCCUACACCUGCCAGUGCCGCACCGCCAGGGACGCCACCCCCUCCCGCGCAGGCCGGGCCUGUGAGGGUGAACUGGUGAGCCCCACAGGCGGUGGGCUGUCUGCGGCAACAGGGGUAACGGUCCCAGCUCUUGGCACGGGAACAGCAGCCCUCGGCCUAGAGAACUUCACCUUGUCACUCAGCCCUGGGCACCCUCAGGGCACCCCGGCAGCAGGCCAGGCCUGGACCCCAGAGCCCUCACUUAGAAGAGGGGGCAGCAAUGUGGUCGGGUAUGACAGGAACGACACAGGAAAAGGCGUGGAGCAGGAGGUGCCCAGCACUGCCCUGGGUCUGGGGAUGGACCAGGGGAGCCCCAGCCAGGUGAACCCCAGCCAGGGGAGCCCCAGCCAGGGGAGCCUCAGACAGGGGAGCACCAGCCAGGGGAGCACCAGCCAGGAGAGCCCCAGCCAGGGGAGCCCCAGCCAGGGGAGCCCCAGCCAGGGGAGCACCAACUACGCGAACUCCAGCCAGGAGAGCCCCAGCCAGGGGAGCACCAGCCACGUGAACUCCAGCCAGGGGAGCCCCAGCCAGGCGAGCACCAGCCAGGGGAGCCCCAGCCAGGUAAGCCCCAGCCAUAGGAACACUAUCGGGGUGAUAGGCACCACCUCUUCCCCCAAGGCUCCUGGGUCAACCCACAGCUUCCCUCCUGGGGCCACAGAUGGCCCACUGGCCCUCCCUGAACAGCUACAGGGAAACUCCACCAUGGAGCCACCCUCCUGGCCUUCCCCUACUGAGGACCCCACUGGCCACGUCAUGUGGCAUGCCACCCGUUCCACCCAGGAAACACUUCUGAAUCCCACGUGGCUGCGAAAUGAGGACAGUGGACCCUCCGGUUCUGUAGACCUGCCAUUGAUCCCCACCCUCACAGCUCUGAAGACCCCCGCCUGUGUUCCCAUCUCCAUUGGGAGGAUCAUGGUCUCCAAUGUGACCAGCACCGGCUUCCACCUGGCAUGGGAAGCGAGUCUUGCUUUGGACUCCACCUUCCAGCUCACUCUGACUUCCACGUGGAGCCCUACUGUGGUCCUAGAGACCCGGAACACGAGUGUGACACUGUCGGGGCUGGAGCCUGGGGUCUUGCACCUGGUUCAGAUCAUGGCCAAAGCAUGUGGGAAAGAAGGUGCCAGAGCUCAUCUGAAAGUGAGGACAGCAGCCCGGAAGCUCAUUGGAAAGGUCAGAAUCACAAAUGUCAGGUACUCAGAAUCCUUUCGCAAUGCAAGCAGCCAGGAGUAUCGAGAUUUCCUAGAACUAUUCUUCAGGACGGUGCGGGGCUCCCUGCCAGCCACCCUGCGUCAGCACAUGGACGCUGGCGAGAUCAGGAUGGAAGUCAUCGGCGUCACCAACGGCAGCGUCGUGGUGGAGUUUCACUUGCUGAUAAUCGCAGAUGUGGAUGUCCAGGAGGUGUCAGCUGCAUUUCUCACCGCCUUCCAGACCGCACCUCUGCUGGAGGUGAUCAGAGGCGACACCUUCAUACGGGAUUACGAUGAGUGUGAAAGGAAGGAGGACGACUGUGUGCCGGGGACAUACUGUCGAAACACCCUCGGGUCUUUCACUUGUAGCUGCGAGGGAGGAGCCCCCGACUUCCCUGUGGAAUAUUCUGAGAGACCCUGUGAAGGUGACUCUCCUGGCAAUGAAACCUGGGCCACAAGCCCAGAGAGGCCUCUCACCACAGCAGGGACCAAGGCUGCCUUUGUGCAAGGCACCAGCCUCACCCCUCAAGGCCUGCCCCAGCGGCUGAACCUGACCGGAGCAGUCAGGGUGCUCUGUGAGAUUGAGAAGGUGGUUGUCGCCAUCCAGAAGCGCUUCCUGCAGCAGGAAUCCAUCCCCGAGUCCUCGCUGUACCUCAGCCACCCCUCCUGCAACGUGAGCCACAGCAAUGGCACGCACGUGCUCCUGGAGGCCGGCUGGAGCGAGUGCGGGACCCUCAUGCAGAGCAACGUGACGAACACCGUGGUGAGGACCACGCUGAGGAAUGACCUGUCCCAGGAGGGCAUCAUCCACCACCUGAAGAUCCUGAGCCCCAUCUACUGCGCCUUCCAGAAUGACCUGCUGACAUCCUCCGGCUUCACCCUGGAGUGGGGGGUUUACACCGUCAUCGAGGACCUCCACGGCGCUGGGAAUUCUGUUACCGAAAUGCAGUUGUUUAUCGGAGACUCUCCCAUACCUCAGAAUUAUAGCGUGUCUGCCAGUGACGACGUCAAGAUCGAAGUGGGGCUCUACAGGCAGAAAAGCAACCUCAAGGUGGUCCUGACGGAGUGCUGGGCAACCCCGUCUAGCAACGCCCGGGACCCGGUCACCUUCAGCUUCAUUAACAACAGCUGCCCCGUGCCCAACACAUACACCAACGUGAUUGAGAACGGCAACUCCAGUAAGGCCCAGUUCAAGCUGAGGAUCUUUUCCUUUAUCAAUAACUCCAUCGUCUACCUGCACUGCAAACUUCGCAUCUGCAUGGAAUCCCCCGGGGCCACGUGCAAAAUCAAUUGCAAUAACUUUCGGUUGAUGCAAAAUAGUGAAACCUCUGCCACACACCAGAUGUCCUGGGGACCCCUCAUCCGGUCUGAAGGUGAGCCUCCACGUGCAGAAGCAGGCCUGGGCGCCGGUUACGUGGUCCUCAUUGUGGUGGCCAUCUUCGUGCUGGUGGCGGGAACAGCCACCCUUCUGAUCGUGCGCUACCAGAGAAUGAAUGGGAGAUACAACUUUAAAAUCCAGUCCAACAACUUCCGCUACCAGGUGUUCUACGAAUAGGAGGUGCAGGCUGACAGGAAGGUCGCCGUGAGUCAACCUGCCUCCA